AUGUCAUGGAUGGGAUUAAAGAAAGCCAUUAAUCGAGCUGGUACACAAGUAAUGCUCAAGACAGGUCACAUUGAACAGACAAUAGAUAAAGAAUUUGAAUUUGAAGAAAAGAGAUAUCGAAUGAUGGAAACUAAUUCACUUAAGCUACAGAAACAAUUACGUUCAUAUCUAGAAUCACUAAGAUUAUUAACUAAUUCACAAAUAAAUAUUGGAGAAGCUUUAAGUUCAUUUUAUGGACCAAUUCCUCAAGCAGCUAUUAAGUCGCCUUCUUCAGGACAACACCAGAAUGGAAAUAAUCACAUCAUCACAGAAACUACUACUGAUAAAGAAGAUUCAAUUAAAUAUUCAUCGCUUUCACAUGAAUAUUAUCAGAUUUUAAAAAGUUUGAAUGAUGAAUGCAUUUCCGAGUUAGAGCAACCUUAUAACCAGACAGUAUUGAAUCCAAUAGCAAGAUUUAAUUCUUAUUAUGUUGAGAUCAACGAAGCCAUUAAAAAGAGAGCUCAUAAACAAUUAGAUUAUGAUGCUAUGAAGAAUAAAGUACGUAAAUUGAUUGAGAAGCCACCUUUAAAUGAUCCAAAUUAUGAUCUUAAAUUGAAUGAAGCCCAGAAGGAUAUGCAAGAAUCUGAAAAAGUUUAUGAUAAUUUAAAUGAUAAAUUAAAAACUGAAUUACCCAAAUUAAUUAAUUUAAGAGUUCCAUUUUUCGAUCCUUCUUUUGAAGCAUUUGUAAAAAUUCAAUUAAGAUUCUUUAAUGAAAAUUAUCAUCGAUUAAAUAAGUUUCAACAUAAAUUGGAUGCAAGAACAAGAGAAGAUUAUAUUAAGGGGAAUUUAGAUAAACGAAUUGAUGAUGUUUUAAAUAAAAUGAGAGAAUUGAAUAUUACGGGAACAUAG